CGUGUGCACUGCCGAAUCAAUUGAUUUUUGAAGCUGGAGGAGAGCUAUACAAUCCGUUUGGCUUGUACCCUUCCUCUCUAUCCUCUUGCCUUUCUGUCGCUCUACUUUGUGGUCCCCUCACUCUCUCUCUCUCUCUCUCUCUCUCUCUCUUUCUCUCUCUCUCUCUCACUCACUCUCUCUCUCUCCCUUUCUCUCUUUCUCUCUUAUACACGUACACGCGUGUACACACUCCCCACGGUCAGCUCGUGUAACGAACCGUUUACGGUGAUAUAGAGAGUUUUCGAAUUUUCAAAUUCGACGUUGCAACCUCGCGGUCUGUCCUCUGCACGCACGUGCUAUCUAGUUCCUAACCUGAAGCUUACGUAACGCGUAUAUCCUCCUGUGCAGCUUCUCGAGGUUCACAAUGCCAUCCGACGCGAAGAAGAAGCAACAGCAGAAAAAGAAGGAGGCUGCUAAGGCUAGGCAGACCAAAAAGAAGCCGUCACAGCCGAAUCAAACAAAGGGCUCAGAUGAUGGCAAGGAAGGAAGUCCUGACUCUGUCAUUGAGAAUGGAACCAAUGGGACCCCCAUCAGUGUUGAAGAGGCCCUGUGUCUCAAGCUGGAGGCAGAUGCCAGACUCAAUGCCGAGGCACGCUCGUGUACAGGAUCACUGGCUUCACACCCACGUAGCCGUGAUAUAAAGAUAUCUAACUUUUCUAUAACCUUUCAUGGCUGUGAACUAUUGCAAGACACUAUGCUCGAAUUAAACUGUGGCAGACGAUAUGGUUUGCUCGGUCUCAAUGGAUCUGGAAAAUCCACUUUACUGGCUGUACUUGGAAACAGAGAAGUUCCUAUUCCUGACCAGAUCGAUAUCUUUCAUCUGACUAGAGAAAUGCCUGCAAGCAAUAAAACUGCUUUAGAGUGUGUGAUGGAAGUGGACGAGGAGCGUGUCCGGUUAGAGAAACUAGCUGAGGAGCUGAUGCAGUGCGACGAGGAGGAUGCUCAGGAACAGCUGAUGGACGUCUACGAGAGAUUAGAGGACAUGGCUGCUGAUACGGCAGAAGCACGCGCCGCACACAUUCUACACGGUUUGGGUUUCACGGCGAAGAUGCAGCGAACGCCGACCAAAGACUUCUCCGGUGGUUGGCGGAUGAGAAUCGCUCUCGCGAGAGCGCUGUACGUGAAGCCUCAUUUAUUGUUGCUCGAUGAGCCUACAAAUCACUUGGAUCUCGACGCUUGUGUGUGGCUGGAGGAGGAGUUGAAAACGUACAAAAGAAUUCUCGUGAUCAUCUCCCACUCGCAAGACUUCCUCAACGGCAUUUGUACAAAUAUCAUUCACGUGAACAAAAAGCAACUAAAGUAUUACACAGGAAACUACGAAGCGUUCGUGAAGACGCGAAUGGAGUUGUUAGAAAACCAAGCAAAACAGUACAACUGGGAGCAGGAUCAAAUCGCGCACAUGAGGAACUACAUUGCGCGAUUCGGUCACGGCUCCGCCAAGUUGGCCAGGCAAGCUCAAUCUAAAGAAAAGACUCUAGCGAAAAUGGUAGCGCAAGGACUCACAGAGAAAGUGGUCAACGACAAAGUAUUAAAUUUCUACUUCCCCUCUUGCGGAACCAUUCCGCCCCCAGUCAUAAUGGUACAGAACGUUAGUUUCCGUUAUAACGAGGACUCGCCGUGGAUCUACAAAAACCUGGAGUUUGGUAUCGACCUGGACACCAGGAUAGCGUUGGUCGGACCUAAUGGUGCUGGCAAGAGUACUCUUUUAAAAUUGUUGUAUGGAGAUUUGGUUCCAACCAGCGGCAUGAUCCGCAAGAACAGCCAUCUUCGGAUAGCCAGAUAUCAUCAGCAUCUGCAUGAACUGUUGGAUCUGGAUAUAUCGCCUUUGGACUACAUGAUGAAGGCCUUCCCGGACGUUAAAGAGCGCGAGGAGAUGAGAAAGAUCAUCGGUCGUUACGGGCUAACCGGUCGCCAACAGGUGUGUCCUAUACGACAGUUGUCUGAUGGACAACGUUGUAGAGUCGUGUUUGCAUGGUUGGCCUGGCAAGUACCUCAUCUGCUUCUCCUGGACGAACCGACGAAUCACUUGGACAUGGAGACCAUCGACGCAUUGGCUGAUGCAAUUAACGAUUUCGAUGGCGGAAUGGUGCUCGUGUCUCACGACUUCAGAUUGAUCAAUCAGGUGGCAGAGGAGAUCUGGGUUUGCGAAAAUGGCACGAUCACAAAAUGGAGCGGAAAUAUUUUGGACUACAAGGAGCAUCUCAAAUCUAAGGUUCUCAGUGAUAACUCCAAAAGGCAGAAGGAGCUGCACAGAAGCAAAUAAUGUACACACGAUGACCGAGUUCAUUCUCCAGCAUAUUUUUCCUCUACUAUAGGAACCUUCCCGUGACUCCUAUAUAUUUUUGGACAUUUCUUUGUGCCCGGUGCCGACACUGCGCUGCUGUGUAGCGUUUUACAGUGUGCCGUGGAUUAUUAGUUAAUUUAUUUAAAUGAUAAAGCGAAUUACUCUGUGACAACCUGCAAGAUUGAUCCAUGGUGCGUACGCCAUGCAAAUAAUCUAGGGAUCCGAUAUCAAUAAUGUAUUGCGAGAAAUAUAAAUUGGAUAUAUAUAUAUAUACAUACAUACAUCUAUAUAUAUAAUCUUUCUAUAUAUAUAGAUUACUACAGAAUAUUACAAGAAUAAAACACGUUUAAAUAUUAUUGAAACACUACGAAUGCUCCGCUCGUCUUUCUUUUCUAUUUUUUUUUUCUGUCUUACGAUUCAGCUUUAUUAUAUAAAGUUCUAUUCAACUAUAAAAAUUCAUUUGAUUCUCAAUAUAGCCGUACAAAAUAUACGUGUACAAACACUUACAAAUACUUAAUAGAAUUGACGAUGACACAUGGUCCGCGAGAUAGAAUUUGUUUAUCUCGGAUAUACAUAAAUACUCUGAUACAGUGUCGCAAACAACUGGAAGACUAAAAAUUCUCUCUGCGCAUUAAUAUAUCCAUAUCACAAGACAUUACCUCUGGUGUUCUUUCGUCGUAAAAAUGUUUAAAAUAUAUAUGUAUAUCUCACAAUAUUUUUUAAUACAUCGUGAAAGUAAUGUAUGCAUUUUUAUAAUAACUAUAAGUAGACGAAAUGUAAAGCACUGAAUAUUGUCGGUAGAGUAACUCGAAACUUGCACCGUUAGGUUUUGAACCUUGACAUAAUAAAAGACAAGUAUAGAAAUGCAA